AUGAAUCUGUCUGCCAACGAGACUAACCCGUUUGGUCGGAAUGAGGAGGUGGCCAAGCUGGAGAUCACGGUGCUGAGCUUGACUUUAGUGGUGGCAGUCGCCGGCAACCUCAGCGUGCUGGCCGCUAUGUGCAAAAGCAAGAGGAAACCAUCGCGCAUGCACCUGUUCAUCAAGCACCUUAGCCUGGCAGACCUGGUGGUGGCUUUUUUCCAGGUGUUACCACAACUGUGCUGGGAAAUAACCUUCCGCUUCUACGGGCCGGACUUUCUGUGCCGGAUCGUGAAGCACCUGCAGGUGCUGGGGAUGUUCGCUUCUACCUACAUGAUGGUGAUGAUGACGGUGGAUCGGUACAUUGCCAUUUGCCACCCGCUUAAGACCUUGCAGCAGCCCACGCACCGCUCCUACAUCAUGAUCGUGGGCACGUGGCUGGGCAGCCUGGUACUCAGCACCCCACAGUACUUCAUCUUCUCUCUCAGCGAGAUCCAGAACGGCUCUGACGUCUAUGACUGCUGGGGUCACUUCAUCCAGCCGUGGGGCAUCCGCGCGUACAUCACCUGGAUCACAUUGGGUAUCUUCCUCGUCCCAGUAAUAGUUCUGAUCAUAUGUUAUAGUUUCAUAUGCCGCAGCAUCUGGAGGAACUUUCGGUGCAAGACGAAGAAGGAUGGUGUGUUGAAGAACGGGUUGAUUGGGAACAGUUUGGUGAGCAGUGUCAGUAACAUAUCCAGAGCCAAACUCAGGACUGUUAAAAUGACUUUUGUCAUCGUGUUGGCGUACAUCGUGUGCUGGGCACCGUUUUUCAUCGUCCAGAUGUGGUCAGUUUGGGAUGAAAACUUCCUCUGGGACGAUUCAGAGAACACAGCAGUGACACUGUCUGCCUUGCUGGCAAGUCUGAACAGCUGCUGUAACCCCUGGAUAUAUAUGUUCUUCAGUGGUCAUCUCCUGCAGGACUUUACACGUUGCUUUCCCUGUUGUCAGAAAAGACAGUACAGUUUCAAGAAGGAGGAUUCAGAAAGCAGUUUAAGGAAGAGUACCAUCCUGACCAAGCUCCCCAACCGAAGCCCUGUAUGUAAUAUGGGAACUUUUAAAAAUCCUGAGCAACACACUACAUCCACUCAGCCUACGAUGAGACACUUUAUAACAUCACUACACUCGGAAUAG